AUGGACCAUGGAGAUAUGGGCGGUGGCCACGGGGACAUGGAUAUGGGCGGCCAGUGCUCGAUGAAUAUGCUCUUUACCUGGUCGUCCAAGGACCUAUGUAUCGUGUUCAGGCAAUGGCGGAUCACUGGCACUUUCUCCCUCAUCCUCUCGUUGAUCGCUAUUGUUCUGCUUGCCGCGGGUUAUGAAUGCAUUCGAGAGGUCAGCAGAAGAUAUGAGCAGGGCUAUAAUGCCCGCAUGAGUGCCUACAGUACCGGUGCUUCGAGUGAAAGCCAGUCGUUGAACGCAUCAAGCUCAUUACUCGUCGUAGGAAGAGAUUCCAAAUCCGCCGAGGAGAGAAAAGGAACCCUCAUCAAAGGGGCUCUCUAUGCCGUGCAGGUCUUCUAUAGCUUUUUUAUCAUGCUUUUGUUCAUGACCUACAACGGCUGGGUUAUGAUAGCAGUUGCUGUUGGUGCCUUUGUAGGCUACAUCCUAUUUGGCCGGAACUCCUCAUCGGCCAAAAGUGUGGCGUGUCACUAG